UAUCUGCCUCCCUCCCAAGAGUCCAUGGAGCCAACAAACACAACCAGCAGGAGCCUCUGAGAUUCUCUCUGAACGUGAGUUUAACAAAUCCAGACCCAUAAGAAAAAUGAAGUUUCCAACUUCUUCUUCGUAUUCGUAUUCCUCUGUUACUCCUAUUCAUUCGGUUUUUCUUCGCACAAAAAACCGUGGCAAAUUGUCGUUUAAUCUGUUUCAGGGCACUUCUUCUCCAACAACCACCGCAUCAUCCACCACUUCCACUUCCACUUCCACUUCCACUUUCUCCUCCUCCUCUCAAAACCAUCAACUCCUCAGCGGUAGCAUACCCGCCGCCGCCAUGGUUUCUUCUCCCGCCAACCACCCCCACCACGCCCACUACCCUUCUCCUUUGUUUAGUGUUGCCCCGAUGAUGGAGUGGACUGACAAUCACUACAGGACCUUGGCCCGGCUUAUUUCGAAGAAUGCCUGGCUCUACACUGAGAUGCUUGCUGCUGAAACCAUUGUUUACCAGAAGGAUAAUCUGGACAGAUUCUUGGAAUAUUCUCCAGAACAACAUCCUAUUGUUCUUCAAAUUGGCGGGAAUAAUUUGGAAAACCUCGCCAAAGCGACUGAGCUUGCUAACCCUUACAAAUAUGAUGAGAUCAAUUUUAAUUGUGGAUGUCCGAGUCCAAAAGUAGCUGGGCAUGGGUGCUUUGGUGUUCGUCUUAUGCUUGAUCCAAAGUUUGUUGCUGAGGCUAUGUCAGUAAUUGCCGCGCACACAGAUGUACCUGUCAGUGUUAAGUGUCGAAUUGGUGUUGAUGAUCAUGAUUCAUAUAACGAGCUCUGUGAUUUUAUUUACAAGGUUUCUUCUCAAUCUCCAACUAGGCAUUUCAUAAUACAUUCACGGAAGGCACUGCUCAAUGGAAUUAGCCCGGCUGAAAAUCGAAGUAUUCCGCCUCUUAAAUAUGAGUACUUUUAUGGCCUCUUGCGUGACUUUCCAGACUUGAGAUUUACAAUAAAUGGGGGCAUAAACACCGUUGAGGAGGUCAAUGCAGCAAGAAGGGCAGGAGCUCAUGGUGUAAUGGUUGGACGCGCUGCAUAUAAUAAACCCUGGCAUACUCUGGGACAUGUUGAUACUGUAGUUUAUGGAGCACCAAGCAGUGGUGUAACGCGGCGUCAGAUACUGGAGAAGUUUCAAGUGUAUGGAGAUACUGCCGUGGGAAGAUAUGGACGCAAACCAACUGUGCGAGAUGUAGCAAGGCCUUUGCUGGGUCUUUUCCAUUCGGAACCUGGGAAUGGUCUAUGGAAACGCAAAGCUGAUGCUGCUUUCCUGCAUUGCACGACUAUGAAAGAGUUUUUUGAUGAAACGCUUGUAGCACUUCCUGACUAUGUUCUGGAUAAACCUAUUGGGGAGCCACCAUCAGGCAGUGACGAUCCUUUCGCGAACAUACACAGUUUGCUACCUCCGGCGUAUGAAUCAAGGGAACUUGAACUGCAAUAUGCUUAGCCGGUGUCUAUUCAAGAUAUAUAAUUCUGGCGGCCAAGCCCGUUGUCAAAUUUUUGGAAUGUAACAUGAUUGAUCCCAGGACCCAUGCAACAACAUUCAUCCUACAUGUCAGUGCGUAGAUGGUGAAAAACAUAUAUCUUGUAAAGCAGUCGCUUUUGGAUGGUGACUAGCAAUUUGUGUUUUAAGUACUACAUAUCUUGCUUGUAUACUAAGAACCUCGCUCUUAACUGGAGCAAUUUGUUCACUGAUUUCGUAAGAAAAUCCAAUGACCUUCAGACGUCGAUCUGUUA